CCAGGUAUCUUCCAAAUUCAUUGGAGAUUAAAAACUUACCCCCUUCUCUUCUCUUCUUAGGUUUAAUUAGUAUUUAGUAGAGUAGAAAAAAAGGAAAAAAAAACAAAAAGAAAAAGGGAAAAUUGGAAGGGUUGUUUGGGGGAGAAGAAAGAGUGUGGUGGAGAGAUUGCAGUUCCGAUUUGAGUCUUAUUUCUUCUUUUAUCAAAUUAAAAUUGUGUAAUAUGUAGAGUUGAAGACAUGGUGGGUUCAUUUCUUCACUCAAUUCUCGAUUUGGGUGCUUCUUUUUCUGCAAUUCAUCCUCAUUAUUGGAUGGGGAAUACCCUUUUGCUGAAUUGAAUUAUGAGAACACGAAGAAGUGUUGGAAAGCAAUUUUUUUGGUAUCCUGCUGAUAGGUUUUCAGAACCCAUACUUGAGUUUGCUGUGCGUUUUCUUGAAUUUCAUCCAACGGCUUUCAUCUCCCCAGCAGAGGCCAUGUUAAUUACUUUUAUGAGGUUGGGCAGGCGUUUUGAACUUAAAGGUCAUAAUACAAUGAAUAAUGAGGAAGUGUCUAACAUACCAAGGACAUCUGUGAAGAUCUCAUGGAACCAUGGAGGAAAGCAAGUGGCUAUUAUUGGGUCAUGGGAUAACUGGGAGACUAGGGAGAUCUUGCAGAGCAUGGGAAAAGAAUUUAUUACUAUAAAGACACUUCCCUCGGGGAUCUACCAUUACCGCUUCAUGGUUGAUGGAUGGUUGACAUGUGCUCCUGAUUUGCCGUGGGUUUGUGAUGAUUCAGGAAAUUCCUACAAUAUUCUGGACUUGAUGACACCUGUCUCAGAAUUGCCCGAAAGUCUUUCUGAGUUUGAAUUUCCUCCAUCCCCACCAUCAAGUUAUGAUAACCAAUGCUUCAACGAUGAAGAUUUCAGUAGGCCUCCACCGGAUCUACCACCACAACUGCGAGAGACCGUUUUGAACGAACCAUCUUGCUGCACAAGUAGUCAUCAGUCCGGUGUGCAGCCUCGACACACUGAAUUAAAUCAUUUAUACCAAAAUAAUGUUGGAGGUGAAUUCAUGGCACUUGGUUCAACAUUCAAGUUUUGUGAAAAGUAUGUCACAAUGUUACUUUUCAAGCCCUUGCUGAAAAGAAAUUGAUAAGACUUUGGUCAACUGUUUUUCCCCCUUCUAAAUUUGUGGCCUACCCUUCUGUAUUUCAACCGCUUAGCUGGGAUUAAUUGAGCAAUGAUUAUUUAUGUGAAGAUUGUUAUACUAAUAGAUUGAAGAGAGCUUGAAAGAGAAUUCAUUUCCAUUUUUAAUAUCUGUUCAUUGUGGAUCCAAUUCUCUAUUCCCCACCUUUUUUUUUUUUUUUUGUGUAAUUCAAAGCUAUUUACAUGUAUUGGUUCCUUGGAAGAAGUCAUGGAAGUUGAUAGUGGCCAUGCCCUCAAACGUAUUUGUUUCGAUGCUGCGAGAGAUCUGCUGCUAGACCUAAAGAGGUUUCAGCUACUAGGAUGUUUGUAAACUCUAUAUUCCUUUUCCCUUUUACUUGUGCAGUAUGUCUUAAACCAUUGGAAUGGAAAUGUUGAACCCAUUAAAUUGUUCCCAGGUGUUUCUGCA